AUGGAUGAAUGGGAGGAGUACUGGGCUGCGAUAGAGCGUGAGGCUAGUCAGGUCUUAUUCAACGGGAAUCGUUUGGUCCGCACCAAUUCCUGUGGACCAAUUUUAUCAGCCAAUGCGUUCGAGAAGCUAGGGGAAGGUCAUGCCUUACCCGUUCUGGCAGCAAAUGACAGCGCAAAGAGAUUCAAACGACAUGUGAUGGAGAUUGUCUUGCUGUGGGAAUACGAGGACUGCGGCUAUAGGUUUAUCGAUGACGCAUACGUCGCUGACCCUGAGUCACCAUACUUCGAAAACGGCUUCGUUGUUGCCGGCGAUGAUCUGCCGAGAUUCUGCUGA